AUGGGCAGCGAUUGGCGUCCACCCCAGCAUGAUAAGCGGCAAGCCUCAACGUUGGCGAAAGCACCUACCUAUGUACCUAGCACCCCUCGCCGGCCUCUUCUGCUUCAGCCCUCCCACUUGUCUUCUACCCCAGACCAUUGGGUGCCGCUGCGCCGGCAUUCUCUUUUUGACAGCCACCCAUCACAGCUAGCAGUGGGCAUGCACUCGACACCACCCAUCCAGACCGCUGUUGAGGCCGGGAAAGAAGAAAGCCAAGGGCAGCUCAGGAUAGCUCAGAACAGCUCAAGAUGUGUGACUGCCAUCACCUACCCGCACCUCCCCUGGCAAUAUCCUCUGCCUCCACGGGCCCGUGUCUCCCUAGGCACCAGCAGAGGCACCAGCUUCUCUGCACCAUCAAUCACCCAUCCCCCCAUCCAUAUCCACUACCGGCAGCUUGUUGUGGACCACGAUAACAACCUCUCGGUUGUCGCCGUGCAUUUGGACUGGCACGGCUCGUUCGGGGAGAAUAAAUUGGUUGGAGGUGUGGAAACUCGCCCACCCAUAGCCACAACCCUCUUCCUUGCAUCAAGUCAUCCCAAAAGGACGGAAAGGGAGCAGCACCUCUGGUGUCUGCUGUACACCACCACGCCGGUCGUCCCCUCCAUCACCAUCAACCCCUGGUUAACUGCCCACAAGGCCGUGCCCUGCUCAUGCUAUGCGAAGGGCGAGGAUAUUCUGCCAGCAGCUCCCGAUAUCCUGCCCCCAAGUGUGGCUGCGACCGCCCCUGCCUCCGACCACGGAGCCCAGCUGCCCAUACCCACCCACUUACCUACCCACUUACCUACCUACCUACCUACCUACCUACCCACCUAUAACCACUACUUCGUCGACCUUACCGUUACUACCGCUACCGCUACCGCUACCGCUAAUUAA